UUCACGCCUUUGAUUUCUCAAACAGUCUCGACAGAAGAGAGCUAGUCGGUGCUGGAUCAUACCCCCCCCCCCACGGUCUGCGGUCACGGUACCUCAACAGAUCACGUUGCUGGCUGGAAAGGCCCGUGUUUUAUACCAUCCAGUGCUCACGAUGCAGGGUCAAAGAACCACUCCCAGCCGUUACAGGGCAGCCAAACUGCUGCAGGUACUGGUCAUAAUGGCGGCCAUCAUCCGGCAUGCACCGGGACAACCCAUUCGGGCGUGUGACAGUUCCGGCAGAAGCGCCGCCUGUACCUGCAAACCUCUCAUCGCCUUUGUCAUUUGCACGCGUCCAGAAUUAACUGAACUACCUUCAGGGAUACCGAACAACACCAUUUCUCUCAGGAUCACCGGAAACCAACUGACGUCACUUCCGAGAAUGGCCUUCCAUCAGUUGUCUCAGUUACAGAUGCUCACUCUCUCAAGUAGUCAGAUCUCUGAAAUUAAGCUUGGGGCGUUUGAAACCUUGUCCUCAUUGGAGUGGCUAAAUUUGGAGGGUAAUAUGCUCGAGAACUUAAGUGUAGGUGUUUUUCGUGGAUUAGUGAACAUGUGGAAACUUGAUCUCGGCGGCAACCGUAUUGAAUCUCUUCCUGUCGGCAUUUUCUCUGGCCUGCCUUCUUUACGGCAAAUAAGUUUGGCAAGGAAUGGCAUUAAAACCUUAGACCACAUUUUGCCGUCGCUGCCUAUCCAUGUACAGUCGCUAGAACUCGACGGGAACUACAUAUCUCGCAUAGAUAGGAAUGUUUUCGCUAGAUUCCAGAAUUUGUCCAGUCUCGUCCUCAGCGACAACGGAUUCGGAAAUCUUGUACCGGGAGUCUUUAACGGGUUGAUAUCGCUCUCUAGACUCUAUCUGAACGGUAACAACAUCACUUUCCUCCCACCCGAUCUGUUUCUCGGUCUCGAAGAGUUGGGUUCUCUGACACUGGACAACAACCGUCUGGUCCAACUCAAGGGAAACCGUUUCGGGGACCACCCUUCGCUCACUGUCUUUAGUGUGGCGAACAACAACGUCUCGACAAUCGAGGCUGGACUGUUUGGUAGAUUCCAGAAAUUGAACAGCGUUAAUCUGGACGGCAAUAACCUCACAUCGCUUCCCACUGGGAUAUUCCACGGCCUUGUAAAGCUGAAGUCUGUUAGACUAGAGAAUAACCGGCUACAUACUCUUGAUCCUGACCUCUUCCAAGACCUUCGCAAUGCCUGGUUGAUCAAACUGGGGCAUAACAACAUCAAAACCAUUCCCUCUGGAUUUUUCAGUUCAUGUCUUAAGGUAGGGUACAUUAAUCUUCAGGGCAAUGAUCUCACAUAUCUACCGCCCGGAAUAUUUGACAACCUUACCUCUCUCCAGUUCCUUGAACUGGGCGACAAUAAACUAGAUAAUCUCGAUGCUAACGUCUUCAGAGAUCUUCACGACGUCUGGCAUAUAUAUUUGCAAGGAAACGGCAUAAAAAGCUUGCCUUCUACCAUUUUUAAUGGUUUACAAAUGCUCCGAUUACUGUAUCUGAACGACAACAAACUCUCCGUGAUUGAACACGGUACUUUUGACGGGCUCCCAAUGAUAGAAAACAUAUAUUUGCAGGAUAACCCACUGACGAAUAUUACCUGUGAAAUGCUGCCCUCUCAGAAUGUAUCGACGUCAUUGACGGAAAUUAACAUUGACUGUACUUGUGAGUGGGAACCUGUGUACGACUGUCCAGAGUUUUCCUGGGUAGGUUCGAAAUUGGAGUGUUCGAAUCCUCUUCGCUUGUCGUCUGAUUCUCUUGAUAAAGUCCCAAAGAAUGCCUUGACUUGUGCCGCUCCUAGAAUGGUUUGUUUUAACCAAAUAGGUUGGGUAGCUUUGUCGGUCCUUGCUUUGUUGUCUAAUAGCCUCAUAAGUAACUGACAGAACAGCGCGAUAUAUACUCAGUCUGCAUUGUACUUGUAAGAAUGUCCAUUAGCCUAGACGACUGACAUAAGAAAUAAGAAAUUUGAGAAAGAUGUUAACGAAGUUACGAGAAAGUAGUGCAUGUUGAUGUUGCUACUAUGUUGUCCAAGAAAUGACUUUAACUGCGUCAGGGUUGAAAUCAGUUUUAACUGAGUUAAUUGUGUGUUAUCUAAAAUAACAUUUGAGGAAUAUUUUGUAACUAGUUCACGUGAAGUAGUGUAACUAUAGCUAGUUCAUGUGUUGUACAUAAGAUAGACUCAGUUAUAUAACAUAUUUGAUACUAAUUCGAUAAUUGUUAAUGAUUUCUAUAACACAUUUAAUACUAAAAUGUGAACGAAUCAGUGUAACUAAUUCGUGUGUUGAUUUUGAUGUACAAAAUACGCAGCUAAAUAACAUUUGUGAAAGAUACUAAGGACGUGAAGUAGUACAACUACGUCGAUGAAGGUUAGACAUCCAGGUAAUACGAUACGCCAAAAAGCAGUUACUCAAGCAACUGUUCAAAAUCAUAUCCAGUUGCUUGAGUAACUGCUUUUUGGCGAGUAGUACAACUAGUUCAUGUGUUUAUUCUUCACAAGAAAUAAACGAUGCGA